UUCUGCCAGGACAUAUGAAAUUUAAAGCAUGAUGAAUACUACAUAUGAACCAGAAGAGCCGUAUAUCCCAGCAGUCCUCUUUUCAUUUGCACAAUGGCUUACAACAUACUUGCAACCAAUUUUAUGCAUCUUUGGACUAAUUGGGAACUUUCUGUCCUUAAUAGUAUUCUGUUCAAAGAAAAUGAGACGCGUUUCAUCGAAUAUUUACUUAGCAGCCUUGUCAUUUUCCAGUUGUUUAUUUCUGAUAGCACUUUUACUAGUCUGGAUGGAGAUUUUUCACGUGAGAAUCGUGCACGAGAACGUGUGGUGUCACGGUAUAAUUUACACGACAUAUGUUUGUAGUUUCCUGAAUGGAUGGUUCGUCGUAUGUAUUACAUUUGAGAAUUACAUUGUUACUUUUCAUUUGAAAAGGGCAACAGCAAUAUGCUCAGUUCAAAAAGCUAGACUAGUGGUUUUGUUACUGGUGCUUUUUGCACUUGCCUUUUUUGAUUUUUCGAUUUGGACAACGACGGUUACUGAAUAUGCUGGUAGACCUCUGUGUACACAAGCGGAAAAAUACUAUGAGGUCAUUAAUAUUUACACAUAUCUUGACGCAGUGAUAACCCUCAUACUGCCAACGACAGUUCUAGCUGUUCUCAUUGGUGCAAUUAUUUUAAAAUACAUACGACAAAGUGCUUUACAUCGAUAUGGACAAGCUGAGCCUUUGAGGCACAAAGAUCGGUCAUUAAUGCACAUAACACGAGUACUGUUAGCAGUAGGACUUUCAUACAUGGUGCUUUUCAUGCCAAGUUACAUUAACAAAAUCAGAUUCAUCAUAAUGUCCAAUGUGAUGGGAGAAUCUUACGUUACUUUGAAAGAUCAUAUCAUAAAUCAAAUUGUCUUGAUUGUGUCAUACAUGUCAUUUUGCUCAAAUUUUAUAUUCUAUGUAAAGUGGAGUAAAAACUUUAGAAAAGGACUGAAGAAACUUUUUUGCUGUGCGAUUCCUCGUCAGCGUUAUAAUGUGAAAAAAACAGAAUAUAGACAUAUAUUGCUUUCGAGUAAAAGGAAUAUGACCGUUUCAAAUGUUUGACUAUGUUACAACUGAUAUAUUUUGUUUUGUUGCUAAUAAAUCCAAU